AUGUACAAGGAUUUGUUCCAUCCCGAACAAUUGAUUGCCGGCAAGGAGGAUGCCGCCAACAACUAUGCUCGUGGUCAUUACACAGUUGGAAGGGAGAUUUUGGACGAUGUUUUGGAUAGAAUUCGUCGUAUGGCUGACCAGUGUGAUGGGUUACAAGGAUUCUUGUUUACACACUCUUUGGGAGGAGGUACCGGAUCCGGGUUAGGAUCGUUAUUAUUGGAGCAAUUGUCCAUUGACUACGGCAAGAAGUCCAAGUUGGAGUUUGCCGUGUACCCUGCUCCCCAAACGUCGACUUCUGUGGUCGAACCAUACAACACUGUGUUGACCACUCAUACUACAUUGGAGCACGCUGACUGUACGUUUAUGGUGGACAACGAAGCCAUUUAUGACAUGGCUAGAAGAAAGUUGGAUAUCCCCCGCCCCGGGUUUGAUUCUUUGAACAGCUUAAUUGCCCAGGUGGUUUCGUCGGUUACGGCUUCGUUGCGUUUUGAAGGAUCGUUGAACGUGGAUUUGAAUGAGUUCCAGACAAACUUGGUUCCUUACCCCCGUAUUCACUUCCCAUUGGUGUCGUACGCUCCAGUGUUCUCAAAGAACAGAGCCAACCACGAGGCCAACUCCGUGCAAGAAAUGACCGCUUCUUGUUUCGAACCUGGUAACCAGAUGGUCAAGUGUGAUCCUCGUGCUGGAAAGUACAUGGCAUCGUGCUUGUUGUACCGUGGAGACGUGGUUAACAGAGAUGUGCAAAAUGCUGUGGCCCAAGUCAAGGCCAGAAAGGCGGUGCAAAUGGUAGACUGGUGUCCUACUGGAUUCAAGAUUGGUAUCUGUUACCAACCACCUACCGCCAUUACCGGAUCCGAAUUGGCCGCUGCUAAGAGAGCUGUGUGUAUGUUGAGCAACACCACGGCGAUCUCCGAGGCAUGGAAAAGAAUUGACAAAAAGUUUGACUUGAUGUACAACAAGCGGGCAUUUGUUCAUUGGUAUGUAGGAGAGGGAAUGGAAGAGGGAGAGUUCACCGAGGCCAGAGAAGACUUGGCCGCUUUGGAGCGUGACUACAUCGAGGUGGGCACCGAUUCAUACCCUGAGGAAGAAGAGGAGUACUAA